CCGCUACAAAUAAAACCCCAAAACCCUCGAUUCCUCAACUCGCCCACCCCUUCUCUCUAGGGUUUUUCCGCCUCUCGGAAACAUCUCUGCGCAACAACCAUGGCGAUACACUCUCUCUCUCGCUCUCUCCCAAAAACGCUAACCCUAGCCUCCUUUUUCUCCCGCUCUUUAGCCACCUCCAAUGCUGCCUCCGUCGCCUCUCGCCCCGCUAUUUCCUCCCUCUCUCUCUUCCGCCCCCUCGCCGCCGCCGGCGUGGCCCUCCGCCGUGUCUCUACCUCGGCUCCGUUGAGAGGGUUUGCGACGCGCGCGACAACGUCGUCGCUCAAUGAUCCGAACCCCAACUGGUCGAACCGGCCACCCAAGGAGACGAUCUUGCUCGACGGUUGCGAUUUCGAGCACUGGCUCGUCGUUGUCGAGAAGCCCGAGGGUGACCCAACCAGGGAAGAGAUUAUAGACAGCUACAUCAAAACCCUAGCUAAGGUUAUUGGAAGUGAGGACGAAGCAAGGAUGAAGAUCUACUCAGUUUCUACUAGAUGCUACUAUGCAUUUGGGGCUCUUGUGUCUGAAGAGCUGUCAUACAAGCUCAAAGAAGUGCCUGGUGUCAGAUGGGUUCUUCCUGAUUCGUAUUUGGAUGUUAAGAACAAAGAUUAUGGAGGUGAACCCUUCAUUAAUGGGCAAGCUGUUCCUUAUGAUCCAAAGUACCAUGAGGAAUGGAUCAGAAACAAUGCUCGAGCGAAUGAGAGAAAUAGGCGCAAUGACAGACCUCGUAAUUUUGAUAGAUCAAGAAAUUUUGAGAGGAGGAGGGAAAAUACUCAGAACCGAGAUUUCCAAAAUAGGCCUCCAAUGCCUAAUCAGAUGCAGAAUCCUGGGCCCAAUAUGGCUGGACCGCCCGAUCUUCAAAAUAGGUCUCCUAUGCCUAAUCAGACUAUGCAGAAUCCUGGGCACAAUAUGGCUGGAGUACCUCCCAACAUGUCCGGAGUACCCUUUAACAAUAAUAUGGGGAGGAUGCCACCCAACAACUUUAGUGGUAUGCCACCCAAUAACAAUAUGGGUGGCAACAACUAUAAUGGGAUCCCACCAAACAACAUGCCGCCCAACAACUACAUGCCGUCGAACUACAAUGGAAUGCAACCGAACAAUAUGGGGGGGAUGCCGCCAAACAUGGGAGGGAUGCCGCCACCUCCAAAUGUGGGAGGGAUGCCGCCGAACAACAUGGGCGGAGGGCCACCGAAUCCAGCAUGGUCUGAUAACAUGCCUAACACAGAAUACCAGAAUAGCUACCCUCCGAACAGGAACAUGGGGCCUGGUGGAAACCGUUACUAAGGUUGUAAUAUGCCCAGAAGAGAGAUGCCCACACCCUCAAGCUGAUUCUUGUAGGCAUGCUGUAGAUAAGUAAGAAGGCUUCGGAUGUUGUCAGGGGUUAUGUUAUAAUGUUCAUCGAUUUUGAAGAUACUAGACAGUAUUAGUUUUAUGUCCUUGGCGCACUGUUGCUCGAAUACCCGGUGGGUUGUUCAAUUGAAAUAUUAUUACAAACUCGAAGGUAGAUCCGAUGUGUUACAUUAUGUUUUGAUAACCUUUUAGGUUCUUUUAAGGUUGACAUAAACGGGCUUUGGAUUGCAAUUUCAUUCAUUUGGCGUUGCCUUUA